AUACAGGAUAAUUUGUUUAAAACUACAUUUUUUUUAUUUUUAUAAUACAUUUUCAAUAUGCUGCCCUCUAUUUCUAAUGCACACACGUGCUCUUUUUAUGACAGCUGAUUUUACUACCGCCGAAUUCCUAAGAGGGGCUUGAAUUUCUUGUGCUGCAUGUAUUAUCCUGUGUCUGAGGUCUUCUAUUGUGGGUACAGGAUUUUGAUCAGAGUAUACUCAAGUUUUCAUGCGACCCCACACAAAAAAGUUCAUAGGUGUGAGAUCGGGACUGCAUGCCGGCCAUGGGAUUGGUCUGCCUCUACCGAUCCAUCGAUUCGGAAACUGAUCAUUUAACCAAUUUCUUACACUUAUGGUACCCAUUCACAUACAGUUCGUCUGCAGUUCUGGAACUGGACAACCUGAACUGAAGAUUCAAACUUUCUCAGACCAUACACUAUUCAGUUAUUUGAAACUACGCGGCCUGCAGUUUUGAGACUGACAGGUUCUGAACUGCAGGAAAACUGUGCCUUCUCCACUCACAUAAACAUUUUGUCAGUUCUGAUCGGCCGAGAGAACAACAAUGGUGUUAAUUAAGAUGUUAAGAAAAAAAAAGCUCGCAGCACUUGUUGUACUAUUAUUAUUACAAGAGCCAAUAACAAGGGCAAAAAAACGUUUUUGGGUAAAAGAUUGGUUGUUGCAACGUGAUACAUUAUCUCAUAUGGCAUUAGUGCGAAAGUUGAGAACCAGUGCCACAAAUGACCUUAAUAACUAUCUCAGAAUGGAUAUGUGCUUUAAUGAGGAUUUAAAAUUCUCUGCAGUUAUUUCACCUCAAGCUCUUGGAAGAAUAAUACCAGACACUUGUCAAUGCAUUUAUAAGGUCUUAAAGAAAAAAUAUUUGAAGUUUCCUGAUACAGUUGAAGAAUGGCAGAAAAUUGCACGAGAUUAUAACAGUCGAUGGAAUUUUCCUAAUUGGGGAGUCGCCAUCGAUGGUAAACAUAUCAAAAUAGUCAAGCCCGUCAACAGUGGAUCGUACUACUUUAAUUAUAAAGAAUAUUUCAGUACUGUGUUAAUGGCUAUCGUGGAUGCGAAUUACGAAUUUAUUUAUGUAAAUGUUGGAUGCAAUGGAAGAAUAUCGGAUGGAGCGGUCAUUGAGACCACAAAAUUAUAUGACAAGUUGUUGGAAAAAGCACUUAAAUUGCCCUCCAAUGAGACAACUAUUAACAAAAUGAAUUUUGUUUUUGUAGCAGAUGAUGCUUUUGCCUUAAACGAAAAUAUUUUGAAACCAUUUCCAGAUAGAAACCUAAGUAAAGAACAAAGAAUAUUCAAUUAUCGCCUUAGUCGAGCUCGUCGCACAGUAGAAAAUGCUUUUGGAAUUCUAUCCAAUAGAUUCAGAGUGUUCCAAACAGCAAUCCAUAUGAAGCCAGAAAAAGUUGACAAAACCGUAUUAGCGGCAGUGGUGUUGCACAACUUUCUGAGACGACAUACAAACAACUACAUUCCUAAAAAUUACGUUGAUUUCGAAGUCUUAGAUACUGGUGACGUAGUAAAAGGCGAUUGGCGCAAUGGAAUGAUGCUCGAUAGCGUGCAGCCCAUUCUAAAUCGACAUUCAUCCCACGAAGCUAAAGAAAACCGAAAGAUGUAUAAAAAUUAUUUUUCAGGUUUCGGAACUGUUCCCUGGCAAGAAAAUUUCUCAUAAAAUUAAUUGUAUGUAAAAAUAAAGUGAUAUGUUGCUCAUGCGCCUAAACUGUUUAUUUCUUCCUCUUAUUAUACCUAUGAGAAAUGCCAAUAUCCAUUUGUAAAUA